UUAUGAUCUUUACAAGCCAGCUAGUAAGUUCCAAGGGAUCUGAGGAAAAGAAGUUUUAUAUUAUCUACUUUGGUGGUCGUCCGGUCGAAGAAGAUUCUGCAGUUCGCAAGCACAUUGAUGUCUUAUCCUCCGUUAAAGAAAGCUUUGUUGAGGCUAAGGAGUCCAUUGUCUACAGCUACACAAAGAGCUUCAAUGCAUUUGCUGCAGAGCUUUCUAGUGAUGAAGCCAACAAGAUAGCUGAGAUGGACGAAGUGCUGUCUGUAAUUCCAAAUAGGUACCGCAAGCUACAUACAACAAAAUCUUGGGACUUCAUUGGUUUGCCUCUGACAGCUAGAAGAAAGUUGAAGGCAGAAAGUAACAUUGUUGUGGGCCUUUUCGAUACAGGGAUAACUCCACAGUCUGAUAGUUUUAAAGAUUACGGACUUACACCUGAUCUACCGCCACAUUGGAAAGGAACCUGUGAUGUCUCUGCUAAUUUUUCGGGAUGCAACAACAAGAUUAUAGGAGCCAGGUACUUCAAGCUAGACGGCAAUCCAGACCCAUCAGAUGUCCUUUCUCCGUUGGACGCCGACGGCCACGGUACUCACACGUCUUCUACUUUAGCUGGCGACAAUGUUCCGAAUGCCAGCCUCUUCGGCCUCGCCAAGGGGACGUCACGGGGCGCCGUGCCUUCGGCCAGGGUGGCCAUGUACAAGGUGUGUUGGAUUUCCUCCGGCUGCUCGGACAUCGACAUCCUUGCCGCAUUUGAUGCCGCAAUCCACGACGGCGUCGACGUGAUAUCGCUUUCAAUUGGUGGGGGUUCAGCUGACUACACGGCGGACUCUAUAGCAAUCGGCUCAUUUCAUGCCAUGAACAACGGCAUCAUCACCGUCACCUCGGCGGGUAAUGACGGGCCGAGUCUCGGCAGUGUUUCCAAUCAUGCGCCGUGGUUACUGACUGUGGCUGCUAGUGGCAUUGAUAGGGCGUUUAAGAGCCAAGUCCAGUUUGGAGAUGGAAAGAGCAUUUUGGGGAGUGGGAUAAGCACAUUUCAUCCUACGCAGAAAAUGUACCCUCUUGUUAGUGGGGAUGAUAUAGCCCACAACUCUGCAAGCAAGGAAGACGCAAGGUUCUGUUACGCGGACUCUCUAGACUCCAAGAAGGUAAAAGGAAAGCUUGUCUUGUGCAAGCUUGCAAGUUGGGGUGCUGACUCAGUGAUCAAGGGAAUUGGAGGGAUUGGCACCAUCGUCGAAAGCGAUCAGUUUCUCGAUGCCGCGCAAAUUUUCAUGGCCCCGGCCACCAUAGUCAAUUCCACGAUUGGUGAAACCAUCAACCAUUACAUACACUCAACUGGUUCAGCGACGGCUGUGAUACACAAGUCCAAUGAAGUACAAGUACGUGCUCCGUUCAUCGCUUCUUUUUCAUCUCGUGGUCCAAGUCCAGGAACGAAACGCAUACUCAAGCCUGAUAUUGCAGCACCUGGGAUAGACAUAUUGGCAUCUUACACGCCAUUGAAGUCUCUGACGGGGCUUAAAGGCGAUACUCAAUUCUCGAAAUUCACCAUCAUGUCCGGCACUUCUAUGGCAUGUCCUCACGUUGCCGGCGUAGCUGCUUAUGUCAAGUCAUUCCACCCCCACUGGUCUCCUGCUGCCAUCAGAUCCGCCAUCUUAACCACCGCUACACCCAUGAGUCCAAGGGUAAAUGCUGAAGCCGAAUUCGCCUACGGAGCCGGCCAACUGAACCCUAGAAGAGCUCUGAACCCGGGCCUAAUCUACGACAUGAACAACAUGUCCUACAUCCAGUUCCUCUGCCUAGAAGGCUACAAAGACUCCUCUCUCGCUCCUCUAAUUGGUUCGAAGUUCGUAAAUUGCUCAUCCUUGAUCCCAGGCCUUGGCUACGACGGUCUCAACUAUCCCACUUUCCAGUUAACCCUAAAGAGGAAACAAAAAACGACAUUGGCCAUAUACCGGAGGACUGUCACCAAUGUUGGCCCGCCUAGGUCUAGCUACAACGCCACCGUGAUAGCUCCAAAAGGCGUAGAGAUCACCGUGACUCCGAUGAGCCUUGUUUUCACUAAAGCCAUGCAGAAGAGGAGCUUUAAGGUUGUGGUGAAGGCAAAAUGGGACCCUAGCAGGGAGGGACAAAUGGUUUCCGGUAGGCUUGCAUGGAAAAGCUCACGUUACGUCGUUAGAAGCUCUGUUGUCGUUUAUAGUCCAUAUGAAGAAGAUGAUCAUGUUAAGAUCAAUAAUUAUGAGAGUGUUUUGUGAAGAAUGAGAAUGAAGAGAAGCAAGUGAGAUUGUGGUGUACAUGUUAGUGUAACAUUAUAAACAUAUUAUAUGUGCGCGCAGUUGUUGACUUUAAUUAUGUUGUAAA